GGGAUGCCGUGUAUGUUCCUAUUUUUGUACCUGUAAUCAGUCCUGUGUUCUCCGAGCUGCAUUAGCCAUUGGUCGAUAGACGGCUGGGAAUCAGAAAUGGCUACGCUGAGCCGCAGCCGCACAGUGGUGCUCUAAAUAUCAUUCCGGGCGGAGUAGAGGAUUCACAGCCUCGUUGUAGGUCGGAUCAUGAAUCGACAUGUAUAUCUCCUUGAUGUUAGUAUCUUUGACCUGUAUUUACCGUGAGCCCUCAUCUGCGCCAAACAUGUAUUCGUCCGUUAUCACUCUGCUCUUCGUUCUUUCUUCCGCUUUGGCUUCAGUGCUACCCGCUGUUGCCCCACUUCGUCCACCUCCUGGAGGGGUUUCCUUGGUUUCACUCGAUGUUGACCUUGACGGCGACGGUUGUAGACCUGGCCAGGUCAGCGUUACUAUAGCAAAGGACAACUCCGCCCUGACAAUCAUUUUCGAUAAGUUUGCAGCUGCCGACGGACCGAGAGCUGGCAAGAAGAAUCCUCGGGCAUUCUGCAGGGUGAACAUUGGGAUGAACACACCGGGUUGGGCAUUCGAUGUUGAUUCGGCCGAUUUCCGUGGCUAUGUGUAUGUUGAAAAGGGCGUAGAGGCAAGCUUGGUCAGCCGAUGGAAGUGGAUCGACAAGAACGGAAUCGACCUGCCGGGGAAGGUAGGUGAACGGAGAAGUUAUGGAGAACCUGAUGGGCUGAUAGGAUCUUUAGGGUCACCUUCAAAAGAAGGUCAUGGGUCCUUUCGAAGAUGACUUCCUUCUGCACAAGGAUGACGAACUCUCCAACGAUGAGCCACCGGUCUGUCAGAAAAAGAAUGCGAGAAUACAGAUUAGCUUGUCCGCUACGGUUUCAGUGGGUACUUCCAAGGGCAACGGAUAUGUGCAAGGUAGCUCGGCAGAUGUUGGUUUUGGCGAGAUUCUGAAUCUUUCGUGGAAGAAGUGCUGAAGUUGUGGGUCUCGAAAGUUCAGUGGAGGUAGCG